AUGAUACGAUCAAGUUUAAAUUUGAUAGUUUUGCUAAUAACGUGGAUAACAAUUUUUUCUCUGACGUCUUCGGUAUCAGGUUCUGGGACUUUUACACAUAUUGAAACGAAUUCAUAUUCAAAUCCCCCACGGAUGUGGCAAAAAGGGAAAUAUUCCGAUGGGACAGCAGUUAUUCGAAUUAUUAAUAGGGAUAGUGAUAAAAAUUCAUCUUCUGGAGAAGUAUGGACAAGACCAGUGUUAUCUUUACGUAUUAUUCAUCCCAAUGGAACAGUCAGUGAAAUAGACAAAGACCUAAAAAUUGAAGAAUUUAAUUGGCACAUAACAACUUCUGGUAUUGAUUACAUGGACCCUAUAAGUAUAUACGCGCUUCAUAAGGGCUUCAUACUUGUUAGAUACUUUAAUGCUUCAAAUUCAGACGAUUAUACAACUUAUCAAGAAUGUGGACGUAUUAUUGAUUGGAAUGGCAAUUUAUAUAGUGAAGUAAGUUUCGGGGGGGCUUACGUUGAAAAUGGUAUAUGGUACCCAACAGGAACGGCGAUAAUAACUAACAUUGAUCCAUCAAAAGGUUUUAUAAGGAUAACUGGAAGGAAUGCAUCUUUUAUUGAGUGGCAACAAUAUAUGAUAGAUGAUUCAUUCAAUCUUAUAAAGUUAUCACAUGGAAAUAUUACAUUUCCCCUAGAAAAUAGAACUUCGGCACAAUUUAAUACCAUAGCUAAUGUUGAUGAAGGUUAUAGCAUAAUUAUUGGAAAUUCCACCAACGCCACCGAUUCCAAUCCUUUGAUAUAUCAUGCAGCAUUGUAUGAUUUAACGAUAGGAUAUAAUGAAACACAAUUUAGUGCGCCAAAAUUACUUUAUCAAAUACCUUUAUCUAAUAUUUCAAUAGACGAUUUGUUUUGUGGUAUUUCAAGUACUGGGGUUGGACAAGUUUGUACACUCAACGUCAGACAGAGCAGUGAUACUAAUUCUACAAAUUACAAAAAUUAUUAUGUGAGACUUAAUUUCUUAUCAUCUGGCUCUGUUACAGAAGUCACCCCGAUAAACAGAAAUUUACCCGAAUUACCGUCAAAUAGUACUACAGGAUGGCAGGUAGAAAGUAUUCCUUAUGGUGGUUAUUUAUUCCGUGGUUAUUUUAUAAAUAAUUCAACCCGCCAGACAAAUGCUUAUGUAUACUAUUUUGACGAACUCUUACCUGAUCCUAUUGAAUGGGAUCUUCCUGAGCCAACAGUUUUAAAUUUGAGAGGAAUUCUGCUUAUUCUACCUAAUAAUACUUUGUUAGUAUCACAAGUAGAAUCUACAGAUACGUGGGGUUUUCUUACCACUGAUAUUCCUAAAUACUCGAAAUAUUCGGACAAUGGUUAUUCAAAUCUUCUAGUAAAGACUACAAAUCCUCCAAUUAAUGCUACUAUUAACCCUACCAAGGGAAUGAGUAAUAUUACAAUCACAUAUUAUGAACCAGUAGAACUUUCUGAUGGGUAUAUUAGGAUCUAUCAAGUUAGUAAUACUAGCGUCAAAGACAUUGUUCGACAAUAUGUUGAUGGCAAAAAUAAAGAGUAUUGUUCCAUCUCUGAUGAUGGAUUAACUGUACAUAUAAACGUUAUCAAAAGUGUCUUUAGUAAUUCUUAUAGCCAAUUUUAUAUUAAAGUUGAUAAUAAUUUUGUAAAAAGCAAAUCAUACGGUGAACCCUUAAUUGGUAUAUCUGAAAAUAUUUGGAAAUUCAAUACAAAUUCAAAUGAUGAUUCUUUUGCAGCCACAACAUCUGGAGUGAUGCGUUUAACUACAAAUGGUACCAACUACUUCCAAAGUCUUGAUAAAACUGGACAAGAGAAUUUCUUUCACGAUCUACAAACUGAAUUAUCUGAAAUUCUUCCUGUUGAUUCUAAGCGAUUAAAUUCAAAUCAGAAAAUCCAAGUUGAUAGUUCUAUUAGUCCUGAUCAUCCAAUAUUCAUUUCACUUACUAUCCAAUCAUCCACUGAAGAAAGAAGCGUACAAUCUAUCAUAGAUGAUUUAAAUGAUAUGAUUAAAUAUAAAAGUAUAACUUCCAUUGGUUUAUCCUCUACCACAAGUUAUUUAGAUGAAGAUUAUGGAUUUGUACCAAAAGAAAACUUAUGGGAUAAAUACAAGUUCAGAUUUUUGGGUGUUAUAUUAGCAUUUGGAAUUUUAGGUCGUAACAUGGCUGUUUUACAACUUGGAUUAAUUCUUUUCGAUUUUGUAAUGGAUACCCUUUUCGUCAGUAACAAUGGUAAAACCGUUGAAGUAUUAUAUAUUCCAAGUGUAAUAUUCUUGACUGUUCCAAUUGUUGUCAACACUGUUUGGGCAUUUUAUAUUAUCAUUGAGGAAUGCAAACCUGAAAAAAAUGGAGCUGAAAAACCUGUAAACGAAUACAUUGUUAGUGACCCUGAUAGCAAAUCUGAAAAAACAUAUAAAAAUUUCUUUGAUUGGUUCUCUCAACAUGGAAAGGUGGCAUCAGUAUUUACAGUUUUAGCAGGCGCUGACAUUGAAGCAUUAAGUAUUCUCUAUUCAAAUAUGGCCGGGUUUGAAUUUUUCAGGGCUCCAUUUUCAAAAAUUGGAAAAGAGAGAAUCUUUUGGGCUUCUUGUUUAAACAUUUUUCUUGAAGAUAUACCGCAAGUGAUCAUUCAGAUAUUAUACCAACAAAGUGUGGUUACAUAUGAUAUAAUCCCUAUUCUUACACUCGUCUCUUCAUGUCUUAACUUGUUAAUAAAUAUUGUUGGCAGAUUAUAUCAAGCAAUAAAUCUUUGUCGACAUGGAACUUUGGAAUAUGUAAGUCCACAGAGUCAAGAGAAUCAAGAGGAUCGAGAGGAAUUUGGAGGUCUUCAACCAUCUCAUACACUAGCAACAUUUGAUUCCACAGUAGUUGGUAUAGUCGUCUUUUCACAAGACGAAUGUGGUUCAACAUUUGUGGCUGGUCUCUUCAGUGACGGCCUUGUCGACCCUGAAAAGAAUUGUUACGAAUACCUUAUUAUCGAUAAAUGCGGCAAACUUCUCUAUAAUUUGACAUCAGCUAUAGAUGUUGAAUAUCGAAAAAACGGAACAUAUCCAUUCUCAACAAGACUUGAUGACCUCAACCUCGAUUGUGAUUCUAAUGGUGUACUUCUCGCUGAAAGUGAAAAGAAACGUUAUGUUAAACGAGAUACAGGAUCAAGUUUACAAAUUAACCAAAAUGGUCAGGAUUAUGCUUCGGCUCCACUUGACCAAGUAUAA